AUGACUGUCGAGGCAAUACCACAGCCACAGACGCUAGGCAUCGAUGAGCACAACACCUCAUCCCCGGUCGGGAACUACGGACACUCUGAUGAGAAGUUAGACACACGUAUCGAGGAGUCACAACCUCGUGUCGGGAGUCUCGGGAUGCAAAGCGGUAGACCUGAGAUCCAUGGCCACCAAGUAUCAACUAAUCACGUUCCCAACCAGGAGGAGAUUAUCUCCGGUCCCAUGGAAUACCUGCUCUCUUCGCACGGGAAAAGCUUCCGAGGAAAGCUCAUCGCGGGGUUCAAUCGACUCCUGGAGGUCCCACAGGACAAGCUUAACGUGAUCAGUCGGGUCAUUGAGCUGUUGCAUACGGCUUCCCUCUUAAUUGAUGACAUCCAAGACCGGUCGACGUUGCGGCGAGGUCUCCCCGUGGCGCACAGCAUCUUUGGGGUCGCGCAGACGAUCAACUCCGCGAAUCACGCCUACUUUCUGGCGCAGAAGCACCUAGAGGGCCUGGGCAACCCUGCCGCUCUUCCCAUCUUUACAGAGGAAAUGCUCAAUUUGCACCGCGGGCAAGGCAUGGACCUCUACUGGCGGGACUCACUGACUUGUCCUACGGAAGAGGAGUAUUUGGACAUGGUGUCCAACAAGACUGGUGGACUGUUCAGGCUGGCGAUCAGACUGAUGCAGCUCGAGAGCAGAAAGUCAGGGAACUACGUCUCACUGAUCAACCUCGUUGGCACCAUAUUCCAAAUCCGCGACGACUAUCAGAACUUGAAGGGUGAAGCAUACACCUCGAACAAAGGGUUCUGCGAGGAUUUGACGGAGGGCAAGUUCUCGUUCCCGAUCAUACACAGUAUCCGCCAGGACUCUGCGAACCGACAGCUGUUGCACAUUCUGCGCCAGCGGACAACCAACGAGGCAGUCAAGACGCUCGCGGUGCGGCGGAUGGAAGCGACGGGGAGCUUUCGGUACUGUAGGCAGAAGAUCUCCAUGCUGAUGAGCGAGGUCCGGGCCAUUGUUGCAGGGUUGGACGGUGGUGGGUCGGCCGAGGUGAAUGCAAUUCUAGAUUUCCUAGAAUUUGAAUGA